AUGGAAGAAGCUCAGAAGGCCUUGGCCGCCGCUGCAGCGGCCGUACCCUUCCCGACAGGCUGGAAGCUGGGUUUCAUCCUGGUUGCCAUCGCCUUGGUAACCUUCACCGUCAUGCUGGAUGCGUCCAUUCUUGCCACUGCUGUUCCUUUCAUUACCAAUCACUUCCAUUCCUUGUUGGACGUGGGUUGGUAUGGUAGUGCUUAUCAACUGGCAAGUGCUGCGUUCCAGCCAUUCACCGGAAAACUCUAUGCAAAUCUCCCACUUAAGUGGACAUACCUCGCGUUCUUCCUGGUCUUCGAACUUGGUUCUCUUCUCUGUGCCUUGUCGACUUCUUCCAAGAUGUUCAUCGUUUCGCGCGCCAUUGCCGGUCUUGGAUCGGCGGGCCUUCUGAAUGGAGGCUUGACUAUGGUUUCCGAGUUCAUGCCCAAGGAAAAAGCUCCAGGUGUCAUCGGCGCAUUGAUGUCAGUCACUCAACUGGGUUUGGCUUUCGGUCCAAUCCUUGGCGGUGCGUUCACCGAGUUUGUCACUUGGCGCUGGUGCUUCUGGCUGAACCUGCCAAUCGGUGGUGUGGUGAUUCUUCUCCUGGCCUUCAUUGAUAUGACCGAUAGGACCCCAAAGCCAAAGGGAGCCGAGCUUCGUCAAGCCCUGCGUGAGUCUCUUGAUCUGAUGGGUCUUGUUCUUUUCGCGCCUGCCAUGAUUAUGCUUUUCCUUGCACUUCAGUAUGGCGGCAAUCAAUACCCAUGGAAAAGCGCAACCGUCAUUGGCUUGUUCUGCGGCUUCGGUGGUAUGCUUGCGGUCUUCCUGCUCUGGGAAUCCCGACGUGGUGCCAAUGCGAUGUUCCCUUUCGCGAUUGUCGGCCAGCGCACCGUUUGGUCUAGCUGCCUUAGCUCCUUUUUCAUCGCCGGCGUUACAGUCUCUGGAGCCUAUUACCUCCCGAUCUACUUCCAAGCUGUUGAGGGAAACUCGCCCAUCCGGAGUGGUGUCUAUUUCCUACCCAACAUUCUGCCUCAGGUCACUUUCUCUCUGUUCACUGGAGGACUCAUCAUGGCGUGGGGCUAUUACCUCCCAUCGGUUGUCUCUGGUUGUGUCUUGGCCUCCAUCGGAUACGGACUUCUCACGAUGCUCACUCCUGGUUACUCGAUCGCCAAACGUGUGGGAUAUCAGAUCAUUGUGGGAGUGGGUAUUGGCUCGGCUACUUCAGUGCCAAUGAUUGCGGUGCAGAACCUGAUCCCCCCAGCGGAGAUGUCCAUUGCCAUGGCCGUUCUGGUGUUCUCUCUGAACAUGGGAGCCUCCCUCUUCCUGCAGUUCAGUACCGUGAUUUUCUCCCAGAGCCUCCAGUCCGCGCUUCCUAAGUAUGCUCCCAAGGUCGACCCAAAGAUCAUCCUCGCGGCCGGCGCAACGCACUUCCGCCAGGUUAUUCCCGUGGACGCCAUUCCCGAUGUUCUUAAGGCCUACUCGGAGAGCAUUACCCAUGUCUUUUACCUUCUCACCGCGCUUGCUGCCGCCGGCUUCGUUACCUCAUCCCUCAUGGGAAUGAAGCGAAUUCGCAAGACCAAGCCUGCCGCCCAGGACUCGGAUAUCGCCCUUGAGAAUACUGAUAGCGCUCCCAAGAACUCUGGCACCGGUUAG